AUGGGCUUGGGUGCUGUGUGGCAACCAGCACUUGUCACUUUUGUUGGAGUUCAUUUGGUAGCUGUCAUUGGAGGGUAUCGUUGCCUGCAUGCUUUAAGAAUUUGGCACUGUGUGGUGAAUAUUUUGAUGGACGUUCCCGAGGCUGUUGACAUUAAUGCAAUGUGUGAGGAGGGGGCAGGCGUGAUGGGCGCAGUCGAUUUUCGAGAUGUAGCCGAUAUAACGGAAAAUGAUAUUUUGAGGAAGGUGUUUCGUAGCGAAGACGAUGCAUACGAGUUUUAUAAGAGAUUAGGAAAAUUCUACGGGUUUGGUAUAAGAAGGGGAGACAUGUUCAAGGAUGAGAAGGGUAAUUUGGUUCGGAGAAGAUUUUUUUGCAAUAGGGAGGGACAGAGAGAUAAGAAACAUUAUAACAGGAUCGACAGGAAGAGGCAUCACAAGCCGGAGACAAGGACAAAUUGUGAAGCAAGAAUGUGUAUAUAUUUAGAUAAGGACAGCUCGUUGUGGAGGGUCAAGAAAAUCAUUUUGAACCACAACCACGACAUGACUCAUCCUGGAAUGGUCCAUCUAAUUACAAGUUUUCGUUCGUUGACGGAUUCUGCGAAAGCCCAAUUAGAUGGGUUUCAAGGUUGUGGCAUCUCCACGGCAAAGACAAUGCGGUACAUGGUUGGGGUAUCUGGAGGGUAUUCAUUGGUAGGUUUUUUGAAGAAAGAUGCUUAUAACUACGUGGAUAAGAUGCGUCGUGCAAAGAUAGUUGACGGAGACACGAACGCAGCUAUAGUGUACUUGGAGGGUAAAGUCGAUGCAGACCCGACUUCGAUGGCAAGGUAUAAUGUGACAGAAGACGAGAUGCUAGCGAAUUUACUGUGGGCGGAUGGUGGCAACAGGAUAGAUUACCAAUACCUUGGAGACGUACUUGCAUUCGACUCAACCUAUAAGAAGAACAAAUACAAGAGGCCGCUAGUGAUUUUCUCAGGAUGUAAUAACCACAAGCAAACAUGUAUUUUUGGGUUUGGUUUGGUGUUAGAUGAGAGCAUUGCAUCAUACACGUGGCUGUUGGAGAAUUUCUUGGAGGUCAUGUGCAACAAGCAGCCUUCUGUUGUUGUCACAGAUGGUGAUGACUCAAUUCGAGAAGCCGUUCGAACAAUUUUUCCAAAUGCCACGCAUAGGUUAUGUGCUUGGCACUUUGAGAAGAAUGUCACGUCAAACGUGAAGGAUGAAAAUUUACAUCGGCUCUUUAAUCGGUGGAUUUAUUCUGAAACGAGUGUUGAUGACUUUGAGGCAGAGUGGGCUCAGGCCGCAGCCGAUUAUGGCUUCCAGGAUUCACUAUGGUGGAACCAAGUUUAUGGGAAAAAGGAGAUGUGGGCAAACGCUUUCUUGUGCGAGAAAUUAUGUGCUGGGUAUCGGACAACAUCACAGUGCGAAGGGAUAAAUUCGGUGUGCAAGAAUUUUCUUGAAUCAAAACACAGUAUGUUGGAGCUUGUUCAGAAUCUAGAACUUGUUGUGCGAGAGUAUAGGAACAAUGAAUUGUUGGCACAGUUCAGGUCUAUUUAUAGCGAACCAGUGCUGACAACCUCGCUGGAAUCCCUUGAGCGUCAUGCAGCUUCUGUUUACACAAGAGCGGUAUUUGUAGAUGCUAAACGGGAGAUUCAGAGUGGGUUUCCAUGCAAACAUAUAUUUUUUGUCAUCAAGCAUGAACACUUGUUGACAAUACCUAGUAGUCUAGUGUUGAAGCGUUGGACCAAAGAAGUAAAAUCAUUAGGCGCAUACGCCGAGAAAACAGAUGACGGGGGUGAUAGAGGGUUCUUGCUUCGCCAUGGAGCACUUCAUUCGGCGUCCAAAUGGUUGUUCUUUUUAGGGGCCCAGAAGGUUGGGUUAUUCGGUGUUGCUUUGGAGGGGAUUCACCGACUAUGUGCAACAUUGGAAUCAGAGUUGGCCAAUGGUGUUCAUCCUACCAAGUCUAAGCAACCCAGUGAAAUUCGAGAUCCAGUUGUUGUGCGAACAAAGGGAGCACCAAGGGGUCAUAAGAGAAAGGCGUCCAAGAGAAAGUGUGCCAACUGCAACAAGCCGGGACAUACAAAGAGGACUUGCACAGAUGGAAGGCCUUGUCGGGGAAAAAAAACCCGAGUGGAUACAUUCAAUUCGGCUGAGGACGGGGGACAAAGUGAGGAGGUGGCUGAACUGGAAGCGACCGGAUCCAAUGAUCAAACUAUUGGGGUAGAACACGUGAUCGGAGGUGGGUCUGUUCGAAUGCCGCAGGUAGAACUGAUCAAGACGGUUCCAUUUUGCAGAUACCGUGGGCAAUAA